CUUUUCCCCUUCCUUCUCUUCCCUCCCUCUCUGGCUCUCUUUUGAUCUCCGAGCAAUGCUUGCUGCUCUCAGGCCUGGUUCCUGUGGGCAGGAACCCCAUUUGCCAUUACUCAGAGCAGGUCCCAGCGAGGAAAAGCAGAGGGAAAGCUUCAUCUCCCAUUUUCUCCUGUGGGAAUCAGGAUCAGUUGAGACCCAGCUUGAGCCUGCCCACUGGGCCCAAAUAGCUUAGGGCUAGGGUCCCUGGCUCUGCCCUGACAGCUCACACCUGUAGCCACAUGGUGGUGAUGCCGCCUCUCGCCCUUGGUGCCUGCCCCCACACUCCAGCUCAGCUGGCCUGUGUACGCAUGUGCAGCCCCUUCCACCUGGGAGAAGGCCUUCCCCUGAGAUGGUCUCCAGCUCCAUGCCCUGGCCCACCUCCUGCUGCCUCCUUCCUAACUGGGAAGGUGGUUGGCUGAGACAGGCUGUUGGGGACAGAGAGGCAGGUAGGGAGGUGCAGUGAGGCCAGCACAGCAGGGGCCUGCAACACCAUCAUCCUGAUGAAGGUCUGGGCCUCAGCCCACCCAUUCCCUCAGUUCUUGCCAUCCCUCCUGCCUGUCCUGGGCCCAGGCCCAGAGCUGGCUUGCUGGGCCACGCUGCAGUCAUGCUGUUUUUGAAUUCUCUCUCUGUUUUGUUCUCUGUUCUGUGCUGUUGUGUCUCCCCGUGUCUGGUCCCCAGGAUCCGGCGCUAAGAAACAGGGCGAGGACUUAGCGGAUAAUGACGGGGAUGAAGAUGAAGACAUCCGGGACAGUGGCGCUAAGCCUGUCAUGGUCUACAUCCAUGGAGGCUCUUACAUGGAAGGGACAGGCAACAUGAUUGACGGCAGUGUCCUGGCCAGUUAUGGCAACGUCAUCGUCAUCACCCUCAACUAUCGGGUUGGAGUGCUAGGUUUCCUGAGCACUGGAGAUCAGGCUGCCAAGGGCAACUAUGGGCUCCUUGACCAAAUCCAGGCCCUCCGCUGGGUGAGCGAGAAUAUCGCCUUCUUCGGUGGUGAUCCCCGCCGUAUCACCGUCUUUGGCUCAGGCAUUGGCGCAUCCUGUGUCAGCCUCCUCACACUGUCGCAUCAUUCUGAGGGGCUUUUCCAGAGGGCCAUCAUCCAAAGCGGUUCUGCUCUGUCCAGCUGGGCUGUGAACUACCAACCGGUGAAGUACACCAGCCUGCUGGCAGACAAGGUGGGCUGUAAUGUGCUAGACACAGUUGACAUGGUGGACUGUCUUCGCCAAAAGAGUGCCAAGGAGCUGGUAGAGCAAGACAUCCAGCCAGCCCGCUACCAUGUGGCUUUUGGCCCAGUGAUUGAUGGUGAUGUCAUUCCUGAUGACCCAGAGAUUCUCAUGGAACAGGGCGAGUUCCUCAACUAUGACAUCAUGCUAGGUGUCAACCAGGGUGAGGGGCUCAAGUUUGUGGAAGGGGUGGUGGACCCUGAAGAUGGUGUCUCUGGCACUGACUUUGACUAUUCAGUCUCCAACUUUGUGGACAAUCUGUAUGGCUAUCCUGAGGGUAAGGAUACCCUGCGGGAGACCAUCAAGUUCAUGUACACAGACUGGGCAGACCGUGACAAUCCUGAGACCCGCCGUAAGACGUUGGUGGCACUCUUCACUGACCACCAGUGGGUGGAGCCCUCAGUGGUGACGGCUGAUCUGCAUGCCCGCUAUGGCUCGCCUACCUACUUCUACGCCUUCUACCAUCACUGCCAGAGCCUCAUGAAGCCUGCUUGGUCAGACGCAGCUCAUGGGGAUGAAGUACCCUAUGUUUUUGGUGUCCCUAUGGUAGGCCCCACUGACCUCUUCCCCUGCAACUUCUCCAAGAAUGAUGUCAUGCUCAGUGCUGUUGUCAUGACCUACUGGACCAACUUUGCCAAGACUGGGGAUCCCAACAAGCCGGUCCCCCAGGACACCAAGUUCAUUCACACCAAGGCCAACCGCUUUGAGGAAGUGGCCUGGUCCAAAUACAAUCCCCGAGACCAGCUGUACCUUCACAUCGGGCUGAAGCCAAGGGUCCGCGAUCAUUACCGGGCCACUAAGGUGGCCUUUUGGAAACACUUGGUGCCCCACCUAUACAACCUGCACGACAUGUUCCACUACACGUCCACAACCACCAAAGUGCCGCCCCCGGAUACCACCCACAGCUCCCACAUCACCCGCAGGCCCAAUGGCAAGACCUGGAGCACCAAGCGACCAGCCAUCUCCCCCGCCUACAGCAACGAGAAUGCCCAGGGGUCCUGGAACGGGGACCAGGAUGCAGGGCCACUCCUGGUGGAGAACCCGCGUGACUACUCCACUGAAUUAAGCGUCACCAUCGCUGUGGGGGCCUCCCUCUUGUUCCUUAAUGUCCUGGCCUUCGCUGCUCUCUACUAUCGGAAGGACAAGCGACGUCAGGAGCCCCUGCGGCAGCCCAGCCCUCAGAGGGGAGCCGGGGCUCCUGAACUGGGAGCUGCUCCCGAGGAGGAGCUGGCAGCGCUGCAGCUGGGUCCCACACACCACGAGUGUGAGGCGGGUCCCCCCCAUGACACCCUGCGCCUCACCACGCUGCCUGACUACACACUGACCCUGCGGCGCUCCCCUGAUGACAUUCCACUCAUGACCCCCAACACCAUCACUAUGAUCCCCAACUCCCUGGUGGGGCUGCAGACAUUGCACCCCUAUAACACCUUUGCCGCAGGGUUCAACAGUACUGGGCUGCCCCACUCACACUCCACCACCCGGGUAUAGUAGCUCUAGCCCAGAGCACAGCCUAUAUCCUGAUUCUACCCCUCCCAGAUCCACAAAAACACAUGCACACAUGCACACACACACACACACAGACACAUGCAGACAUCUAUGUAUACGCACGCACCCACACCCAACAGCAGACCCACGUGCACAAACAUAGACAGAUAUGGACAUGCACCCACAUGUGCAACAACACAAAUAAGGAAGUAAACCUGAACAAGCCCUUCAAAUGGAGACACACAUGAGUCCUUGGGAAGCUGAGGACCCAUGGAACAGCAGCUGAAGCCGGCUCCCAGACCUGACCACAGACACUCCCAGGGAGCCUGAAGCACCAGCUGGAUACCCCUUGGUGCUCGCCUUCCGCAUCUCUUGGAACUGCACCACCCACCAACUCCAAACUUGGGAGCUUUAAAGAGCAGAGUAGCUCUUUCUCCCUUAGACUUGGUCUUUUUUCUGGGUCUCGUUUUUGUUGAUUUAAAAAAAAAAAAAUUGGAACAAAUGCUUCUCCAACCCAUGAGUGCAAAGAGGCUCCGGAAGGGAGGGCUCCAGGCCCAGGUCUCUCUGGCUUUGGAACUCCCAUUGCUCACACAAUGACUGAGAAACAUGAGCCCCAAGAAAGAAACAGAUUCGGGCAAGACCAUGGGGGAGAAGGAGGAAGGGGUUGUCACUGGAUGGGGUUGGAAGGCCAUAGGGGACAACUCACCAGCCACCUCUAUCUCUGUGGAGGGCUGUGGAGACCACAGGUGACCUGCGUUCCCCAGGAGCAUUGGCCUCCCUAGACCAGGGGACCCCAGAUUUGGUGAACGAGGUUUUGUGGAGGCCAUGUCAUUAUUGGGGGCCCUGGGUGUAAGCUGGGUCCUACCUCUGCCCUUGGGGUAAUGCUAUCAGAAAUUCGCCCCAUUUUCUUUAGAGUCUCUUUCGUGUAUGUCAUUUCUCUUUCAAAAAGACGGUGUUUUUUUGUUGUUGUUGGCUUUUUUUUUUUUAAAGAAAAGUUCUUAAAACACUAACGGAAACCCAUGGAGUUUGUCCUUUGUAAAAAUUUUAAACACAGUGUCUUGAUAUAAAAAUAAAAAAUCCAGUUAGCACUCCCAA